GGGAGACCAGAUAUGGUGAAUGCAGGGUCCGGGGAGACCAGAUAUGGUGAAUGCAGGGUCCGGGGAGACCAGAUAUGGUGAAUGCAGGGUCCGGGGAGAGCAAAUAUAGUGAAUGCAGGGUCCGGGGAGAGCAAAUAUAGUGAAUGCAGGGUCCGGGGAGAGCGGAUAUAGUGAAUGCAGGGUCCGGGGAGAGCGGAUAUAGUGAAUGCAGGGGUCCGGGGAGAGCGGAUAUAGUGAAUGCAGGGUCCGGGGAGAGCGGAUAUAGUGAAUGCAGGGUCCGGGGAGAGCGGAUAUAGUGAAUGCAGGGUCCGGGGAGAGCGGAUAUAGUGAAUGCAGGGU